AUGGCAGACCAAGUAAGGAACAUAAAGAAAAAGAACUGGCUCUCCCCAACAGAAAGAGAAGAACUGGAAAGGGAAAUGUCACACGAAAACGAAUUACAGAAAGACGAACUGAGAGACGAUGCCACAGAAGACGACAGGGAUGAUGAGGUUCCUUCUUAUGUGGCAGGAGCAUACAAGACUGCUUGUAAUGUUGCAGAAAUAUACAAGGUUCUUUCUAAUGUUGCAGAAACAUACAAGACUCCUUCUGAUGCUGCAGAAAAACACGAGGCUGUUCAUCUCUAUAUUGCUGGAGUCGCUACGUCUUCCAAGGCAUUAUAUCAUGUUGCUACAUCUUCCAAGGCAUUAAAUCAUGUUGCUACAUCUUCCAAGGCAUUAAAUCAUGUUGCUACAUCUUCCAAGGCAUUAAAUUACAUUACUGCAGUCUCUACAUCUCCCAAGAACCUUUCUCCUUCUCUACUCGAUAUUGGAGAGAAGAAGAAGAAGAAGGAGAAGAAGAGAAGGAGAAGAAGAGGAGAAGGAGAAGAAGAGGAGGAGAAGGAGAAGAAGAGGAGAAGGAGGAGGAGGAGGAGGAGGAGGAAGUGGGUCGAGAAAGGCAUUAAGAUGUUCCCGACGGCGCUGAAUAGCAGCGAAAGCAAGAACAGCAGAAAUGACUCCCACAGCAGCAGCAGAUUCCUAUCAGGAGAGAGGAAGAGGAGGAGAAAUGUCUCGAAUAGCUUCCUCCUGACUCUUCUGGUGAUGCUGAUCCUACUCGGGGAAUGCUCAUCUUCGCCUUCCUCCUCCUCCUCCUCCUCCUCUUCCUCCUCCUCCCAGAGUAACGAGGCUCUUAGUUCCUCAGGCUGCGUUCGUUUGUCCGAAUGUUUGGCGAGUUCUGUUUCCCGUUGUCAGCUCUUAGUUCCUCAGGUUGCGUUCAUUUGUCCAAAUAGAGUGUACCUCCCGCCCAGCAGAUAUUUGCAGGUCUGCAUCCCUCCACAAAAACAACAUAAAACCUUCCCUGUUGCUGUACCACGCACCAGACCACCACCUCUUACCCGGGCUAUCAAAGUGAGAGUUCGACAAUCUCGAUCCGGAUGCGCUGAACAGCAGAAGAAGCACCAAUACGCAGUAAAGUCUUUCCUCUCUGUCGAACUUCCCAGUUCCAGAGGUCCUCAAGUUCCAGGAGUCCUCAAGUUCCAGAGGUCCUCAGUUCCAGAGGCCCUCAGUUCCAGAUCUUCAGAGUUUCAGAGGCCCUCGGUUCCGGAGGUCCUCAAUUCCAGAGCUCCUCAGUUCCAGAGUCUUCAAUUCCAGAGGUCCUCAGUUUCAGAUGUCUUCAAUUCCAGAGGUCCUCAGUUCCAGAUGUCUUCAGUUCCAGAGGUCCUCAGUUCCAGAGGUUUUCAGUUCCAGGGUUCCUCAGUUCCAGAGGUCCUCAGUUCCAGAUGUCCUCGGUUCCAGAUGUCCUCAAUUCCAGAGGUCCUCAAUUCCAGGGGUCCUCAAUUCCAGGGGCCCUCAAUUCCAGGGGCCCUCAAUUCCAGAGGUCCUCAGUUCCAGAGGUCUUCAGUUCCAGGGUUCCUCGGUUCCAGAGGUCCUCGGUUCCAGAGGUCAUCAAUUCCUCACACCGUUGGACUGUGGAACAGCCUCCCAGAGGAAGUCUUGGGCUCCUUCCUCCUCCUCCUCCUCCUCCUCCUCCUCCUCCUCCCUCACCGCUCUCUAUCCAAUCAAUACAAGACCGACCGGAGGAGUGGAGGCAGAAGAGGAGGAGGAGGAGGAGGAGGAGGCCGUUUCACACACGUCCUCCCCCCAGCAGCUCCUCCUACACCAGUCUUACACUCCACUGCUCCAAGACACUCCCGUAAGAGGAGGAGGUGGAGGUGGAGGUGGAGGUGGAGGAGGAGGAGGCGGAGGAGGAGGAGGGAGAAGGAUCCUCCAGGAUGCAAAUCGAGACGGUGCCGAAGGGGAGCUCUACAGCGAUCCACUUCGUCGUCGACGUCGCCAGCGUCAGAGACCUCUUCCUUUAGCGACGACGCCCCUUUCUCCAUCUCUGUCUCUUCCUUCUCCUCCUCCUUCAUCUCCCUCAAAUCCUCCUCCUCCUCCAGCAUCCUCCGAAGGGACCAACCAGCAUCAAAGUCCCUACCGCUACCAGACUUCCACGUCAGUUCGCCUCCUGAAGGCGUCCUCCCUCCGGCAGGGCGACGCCAGGGCGAUGCCCUCGUCGUACGUCAUGAAGGAGUACCUCCUCUCCUCCGGGAAAAUGUCCCGGGUGGUGCUGUCCAGCUCUUCCACGCAGCUGUCUCUCCGUCACAUAACAAGGACCCCGCCGCCAAAAGCGCCCUGCCGCCGAAAAAGUCGUUUCUCUUGCACCCCCCCAACCAUCCUCCGCCGUAUCCUGUCCCUCCCCGGCCCCCAUCCUCGCCCCCUCCGUUAGUCCCACUGUGGCCGGAUCCCCCACCUCCUUAUCCUUAUCCUUCACCUAACCCGCUCCCCCAAAAAAUCCGUCCCUCCCCGUCUCCUACCCUUUUUCAAGGUCUCCUCCAGUCUUCCACCGUGGGAUCCAUCAACCAGCAGAGUCAACCAGAGGGGAGGAAGAAGGAAAAGGUCGGGAAGGAUGAUGACAUUCCAAGGGAACGGGAGAAGCAUUCCAGGGUUCCAGACGUGGUACCAGCAGAAGCUGCUGCUGACUCGGCGAAACCACUCGGUAUCCGUUCGGCUUCGAUUGUGCACAUGAGGUCAAAUAACCUCUACUCGGGCAGGGACAAGAAUGUCUAUUUUUUACGCAGUGAGUUCUUUGACCAAGAGCGAAUGCGCCCAGUCAGCGACGGCGGUGGCGGCGGGGGGUAUCCACAGUACCAGCAACACAUGGACGAACAGAAUUACCCAGAGUCUCCGCCUUUUAACUACGACAUCGAACCUGCUGGGAAAGAGUCGCUUACGCAGACUAAUGGAGAUACCACUUUCAAAAACACCCGCCAAAUGCUGACCGAUAGGACCAACAUGACGAAGGCGUUUAGGACGUCGUCAAAUUACCCUCUGGACGACUGGGAUGACCGACACCCUGAAAACCUGCCCUUCGACCAGUCCCCUGGGGAGGAGGAAUCACUAGGCGAGUAUUCGAAGAGUGAGCUUGAUGGCGCGCAAUUGAGGGGAAGUACUAAGGGUUCCAUGCAGGAAAAACAACGGAGGAAAGAGGCGAAAGGGAUAAAAUUUAAAGGACAAAGGCAAGAUGGAAGUUUGAAAAGUGCAGUUAUGAGCUCCAAGAAUAACUACAGGCCUGGAGCGUUUAGGGUGGACCGUUUGCGCCCUUCGUACACCAACGAACCUGAAGGCGACAAGAGGAUGUCAAGAGUGACCUCUGCCGUGGCGAACGCUUCCAAUCUCACUGGAGAGGACUUCGAUAACGAGACCACUGGCAACGUCAACGAAGUGACCACCGAGACGCAGCAGAAGGUCAACCUCGAAAAACUGGAGAUGGAACUGUCUAAGAAGGACGAGGAAGCAGCCAGUGACCUCCUGCUCGCCAUCUCAAUCCUGCAGCACCACAUGAUACCCAGCUUGCAAAAGGACGAAGAGAAUGAGGCGAAGGGCAAGGCGAUAAACUCGUCGAGGGCGUCUGAUGAUGGCUCUGCAGAGAACCACCAAGAGAAAGACACCAAGUGGGGACAGCGUCAUUACCACCACUACAACAUCGAGAUCCUCGACUCCCAGUCAUCCUCCUCGUCCUCCGAAGUGGGCCUAGAAAGCGAGGAAGACGAGGAGGAAGGAAACGGACACCACGAAGGAGGACUGUCCAACAAAGGCAGCCUGACGGAGGACAGAACCAACGGCACCAUCGUUUUCCAGCCGGUGCACGAGGUUCCUCUGCUGCCAGAGCACCAGGCCUGCUACAGGUGGUUCGUCCUGGUGCUCGAUGGCAACUGCUCCGUCAUCAAGCAGCGGAUGUCCGCCUUCGUGAUCUUCCUGAAGGCUGCCCUCUCGUCCAAGCUCUCCAUCGACUAUAACGACGUCUACGUCCCUUCCGUCUUCUGCGACAACACCUUCAUGGUGAACAUCAGCCUGGACACCAUCAAGAACCCGCAGGCGGAGAUCAAGCUGCGUCUCCUGGCGGAGGCUAACACGACGCUCCUCGAGAUCUCGGAGGAAAUCUUCUACCUGGAGAAGAUCCUGACCAAAAGGGCGGGCGACGACGGGCAGGACAUGCAGCCGCUGGUCAAGAAACCGGACGACGUCGAGCUGGUGAUCUACAUAGCCGUGGGUUGCAUGGUCGUUUUCAUCCUCCUGUCGGUGGUCAUCGUGGCCCUUAUCAGGGUCUGUCGACAGGAGGGGGACCAGAUGGACAUCGGGAAGACGAUCCCUCAUCAGCCGCUGCAGAGGCCCUUCGACUUCCCCAUCAGGAGACCCAACGUCAUUUACUCUCACAGGUUCAGCCAGGCCCUGAUCCCGGACAAAUGCACCUCGUCAACUCCGUCCAACAGGGUGGAGAACAACCCCCCCUCCUCCGGGGGGAGGGGCAGCAUAGGAGUCAUGGCAGUGACGGGAUCUGGACGAGGAUCAGUCUUGAGGUACGACACCCAGUUCGCCGGGGAGCUCAUGAUCGGCGACGAGGACUUCUACAGCAUGGGGGCAGCCAUAGACGACUCCUUCAACGACCGAAGGGCACUGGUGCCCAGUCGAAGGCGUACCACGAAGGUCCCAGGGGAAGACGUCAUCAUGGAGGAAGACAUCGCGGAGGAGGAGGAGGAAGAGGAGGAGGAGGACCUGGAGGACGACGACGAGGAAGAGGAAGAAGACGACGACGUCGACGAAGAACCCGAUGACGAGGUGGCAGAGGAGAAGAACAAGGUGGCUGAGCGAUGUCACUUCCACAUAUCGGGAACCAUGAAGGCCGUCGAGGCCUGUGGUAGACCUACCACGCCGAAGGAGAGCAAGGGGCCCACUAAAGACAACCUGGAGGUAAAGGCGGGGAUGACUAAAGGGAGGUUAGAAACCAGAGGUGCAGCGGCGAGCAGCUUCGUGACCGGAAACGCCAAACCAGACGCUUCGAAGAGCGAGAGUCAUAAGUCCAGGACACGAGCAUCCAGCCACUCUUUCAAAUCCAGCGACACUAGGCCUACGAGCGAGAGCGGCAAUUCAGAGAUGGCAGGCGCCAAGACGCCAGGCGCCAAAUCGAACAGCAGCAACACUUCCUCUGACGCCGCCGCAGCACCUGCUGAAGACACGGCCGAAACCCGCUGCGCGAACGAGCCUUCGACACAGGACACGCCAAAGAGAAGCAAAGUGGGAGAGAACACCACCACCACCACCAGCAGUGGCGGCGGCAGCGGCGGGGGCGGAGGCGGCCGGGCAGCAAAAGCGAGCAGUCGGGCUAAGGAGCUCCUAGGAUCUCGCCUACGCGGCAGGAGGAAUCUGCGACCAGGCUACGAGGUCGUGUUUAAGGGCAUCGAUAAUCCCUGUUACAACAGAUGAUAACUCUAUAGGUCCACCCGCUAAAAGAACAAAACCAACAAAUCUAUUAAUUAAUCCUCCCCCUACCCCCUACCCCACCCUCAACCCCCGCGUCAGGUUUUGCUUCUAUUUAAAUCAACACGGUUUUAUUUGGUGUUUUUAAAAAUGAUGCUAAACUCAUUUAUAAAUGGGGACGCUUCACAAACAAGAUGAUGCUCUACGCUAAACAAACGCAUCUGUGAUGCCUCCCCUUCCCCCCCUCCCCCUCCACUCUCCCACCCACUGCUUUAUAGCAAGACGUACCGAGGUCCUUCUACUGGAUUUAAACUUUAGAAGCAGCCCUUAGGGGGAACAGUUACUUUCAUCUGAGGUACUUUUCGUAAAGUGGUACUACUAUGUACAUGGAAGGGACGUGUUGCAUCUGAAGCGAUCCCUCCUGUCAUAACAUUUUAUAAUUCUAUAUUUUUCUUUUUUAACAGUGAAGUUCUUUGAUUAUUAAUUUUUCCCUGCGAAAUUUCUAGAAGCAUCUCGAUCCUGCCCAAGGAGAUGAAAAAAAUAGAUAAAUGCUUAAGUACCCGCAAAAAAAAAAGGACAAGAGCUCAUACAAAUACUUGAAUGCUUGUUGUUAUUAUAUGUCCAUCUUUAGAAAAAAAGAUUAGCUUAUAAUUCUUGGGUAACCAUUUUUCGAAACUAGUGAAAGUCGUACAAGAAUCUGCUUAUAUAAAAAGUGCCAACAUGAUUAAUGCGUAGUUCGUUUGUGUAAUAUCUUUUCUUAUCAUUGUUUCACAGAACGAUACGAAAUUCAUUGUCAUAGACAUAUAAGGAAACAAAAGCAAGGAUUAUUGGUCACCAAGAACACCCAUUAUUUCCAAACAGUGUCAAUCGCUCUUCUGCAGUUCACGUUUAAGUCACAGGUACCUUGAUAGUAUAUCUUAAACCCCAAUACUUCAUUUAAUGAGCUUCCUACUCUAUGUAUGUAUAGAUUUUUUCCUAGAAAACUGUGCCGUAGUGUUUAAGGACUAAAAAAAAAUAUGUAAUUUUUUUUUUAAUUAACUGUUUCAACACCUCUUUCACUGGGGGCGAUCGAAGUCAGUUUGAGACUUCCUGGAGUUUGACAGAAUGAUAUUCAAGAGAUAUUUUGACACUUUGACACUAAUACAGGUAUUUUUUAAAAUUAAAAAUCAUAAUUAGUUACCAAAGAGUACCAGAAGUUUACAUAAAGUACUAUACUCACUGUAAGUGUCAGGUAAGACUCAUAAAUGUGAACGGUUACAUAACUUUAUGCCUUAUAAAAUGGUAAGUUAACAACUUGUGAAAACAAUGUGAAUUCAUAAAAUCUAAAGGUUUAGAUACCCCAGUAAGUAAUAACUUCUUUCAAGCACUAAGACCAUUGUCUGAAAAGCGAGAUCAUUUACAUAGUUUACAUAUUUCAAGCAGCUUGUAACAACCGCAAGCAAUGAAAAUCAACAAUCAUAACUUGCAAUUCUUUUUAAACUAGGCAUCACUGCCUGAAGAGCAAAAUCCUCUGUAUUUUCCAAAGCAGUGAAUACUACUGCAAUCAAUGAAUAUUAAUAAAAAUAACACGCAAUCUUUUAAAACCAGGCAGCUCUCGUAACGACUGAUAAUUCUAGAUGAUGAAAUAAAGCAAAAGGCAUCAAUAGCUUCGUUCAAGCUCUGAAAUUACUUCCCAAAAGGCAAAAUCCACUAUAUUUAACAUAGCAGGGAAUACCCAUUAGCAACAGUGAAUAAAAGUAAAUAUAAUUACAAAGCUUUUAAAGGAGCAGCUCUAGUGAUGACCACAAUUCUGGUCGGAAAGGAGCAGGAGGUAUUAAGAAAUAAAGGUCUAUAUGAAGACUAAACUUGGAUUCGUCUAACAGAAGUUCUCUAUAUAGUUUUUUUUUUUUUUCUCUCUAAAACACUGUCUCGUCCAUUUCCGACGUAUGUCUAUACCCAGAUGCUUUCCUUCCCACGGUAGCUGCCCUUCCUCUCUCUCUCUCCUCUCUCUCUCUCUCUCUCUCUCUCUCUCUCUCUCUCUCUCUCUCUGGCCUUUGGAAGUACUGUUAAAGAGAGAGGGUAACAGAAAAUUGACAACGAGAAUUACAUUUAAAAAAAGGUUAAGUGUCCAGAAGACAAUUGUGUACCGUUCUUGUCAUGUUUUCUGAAAGAACAAAAAAAAAAUUCACCUAAAUACUGAUUUGUAUAGUACGUCAAAAACUUAUGAUACUACACACACACAUACUAUGUACAAUAUAUACAUUAUAUAUGAGAUGUAUACACAUAAAUACCAGAAAUGAAACAAAACACAGCAUUAUCUGAUUCACGACAGGCACACUCGCUUGCUUGUUUGCUUGCUUCCUUCUUUCCUUCCUCAGGAGAAGAAGAAGAAGAAGAAGAAGAAGAAGAAGAGAAGAAGA